AUGAAAGUCGUAUUCAAGGGUGACAAGGGUCCAGCUGGAUUCCUUGGAGAUUGGGUUGAAAAGUGUCGUGGAGGUCAUGAUGUCGUGGGGCAUGGAAUCAAAGGAGAGGAUGUUUGGCCAGGUUCAGCCCAAGGCUGUCAAACGCCAUUGAGAAAAUACGUUUUCACCUCGUUUGAUCAAUUCAGAAGGCUUUUAACCAUUCCUCCUCUAUUAUCUCAGCAAGUUCUUCUUUUGAUCUACUACUUCUCUCUUUUAAUUUGUAAACUAAAAAUCCCUAUGCCUCUUUAUUUUAUUCUCAAUAAUGUACCUUUGAGAUUGAAAUCAAAUUGA